AUGGGGCUUCCCGACGCUGCUGCGCUCGCCCAGGUUGCCCAGGAGAUCGAUGACAUGCCCACCUUCCCAGAUGAUGAUCGUGCUGAUGGCCACCGUGCUCGGGGCUCGCCUGAGCCCAAGUACCCGCGCACCGAGGACGGCAAGGGUUCCUCGGGCAGUGGCAAGGGUGUCGCCAGCCUGGCCUCCCGCGCCGCCGCUGCUGGUGCCGCGCUCGUCUUCGGGCGCUCGGAUCAGCUCACGCAUUCUCCUGAUCAGCCUGCUGGCGGUGCUCCUUAUAUCAAAGCUGUCAUCGCCGAUGGCGUUGCCUCCCAGUUCAGCGAGCUCCGCACGGAGCUCGAAGGUCUCGUCGCCUCGACUGUGGGUGACACUGUCAAAUCCAGCAACGCCUCCAUCUUGCGCACCCUGGCUGUGCUGCAGAAGCAGUUGGAAGAUCAACCUGCAGAGCUUGACCAGAAGGCGAUGGCUACUUUCCGACCGCAGCUUGACGAGCUCUCAAGGAAGACGCAGCGACAAAUUGAUGACGUCACAGGAAAGGUUGCUACUCUCAGUAUCGAGCUUGACUCACACACAGAGCAGCUUCGCCAAUUACGAGCAGAGAUUGCCGAGCUGCGUGAAGGACUUUAUGUGGCCAAGCGCCAGGAAGCGGCCCCCUCGCCGCCCGCCAACUUCGACCGCCAGACUGACCCUGCGGUGGUGGUUGCGAUGUGUACCAAAAUGGUUGGUCUGUCACAAGUACGCGAUGUGCUGGCGCCGUUCCUAUCUGAGCUUGGAUUCGAAGCAGACCAAUACACCCUUUCGUGCCCGUCUCCGACUCCUGCCCGCAGGUUCCUCAUCAAGUUCAACGGGGCCACCGGCCUCGCCUCUAAGAAGGUUUCGAAGGUGCUCAGCAAUCUUCGCCGCAACGAUCAGUGGAGGGUGUUCAACGUCGUUGCCUCGGGUGCCGCCGCCGACGGGCGCCUCCACUUGGGGCCCGACAAAUCUCCACGCCAGGUUAAGACGGAAAUGGCUCUUCGUCGGAUCCAUGGUGCAUGUGCUGACAAGUUUGGGGGACGGUGGUCUGUUGACCGCGAGCGAGGCAUUCUCAAGAACGGGUGGACCAGCGUGCUCAAGAUCCAGGCGAACCCUGAUGACGCUCCUUACACCGUGCAGUUCAACCAAGAGGGCAUCCUGGACCUCAAUCUCACACGUGCAGACAUCCAAGCAGGGUUUCAGCUGGUGCACUUCAAUAUCCACAACCAUGGUCUCAAUGCAGUGCAGAUCGACGAGAUAUGUGCGGAGAUCGACGCUGCGCGGGCACGGGCGGCCGCUGACCCUCUUCACUUCUUGGUGAUCGUGCAGGGCGACCUCAACUUCGGCCCUGAUGAAGCGUUGCCCCUCCAGCGGCCUGAACCAGCUCGUGCUACUGAUCCUCGGAAUCAUCGUGCAAUGGCAGCUCGGUGGCUGAGGACCUUGGGAUUUUUUCUUGAGAUUUCUUCGGAGGCGCCGACACACUACACUAAGGACACCAACUCGGUCAGCUGCCUUGAUCGGUUCUUCUGCUCGGUGCCAGGAUGGAUGAUGUGCCAAAUGUGUGCGGAGUCCUCCACCAUCGGAGAGCCUGAGGAAUUAUCUCGUUCUCUGGUAUCGGACCACGCUGCGCUGCUCACGGUGCUUCGCCAACGGCACGCACGCCCCAGGUCUGAGCAGCCAGUGCCUCGCCAUAGCUUCGAGAGCCCUCUCUUUCGGCUACGUAUUGAAGGCGUGUUCAAAGACGGGGCUGGCGCUGAGACGGUGUGCUCGGCGGCAAUCUACCAGGGGCACUUCAAGGAUAUGUUGAAAGAAGCUGCCCGUGAAGUUCGUGACUGGAUGUUUGUCCACCAUCCUGCUGGCGACGAAACAGCGUUGCUCCAGUAUGGCGUCAAGAUCUUCAUCUCGCCCGUUGGCUGGUGGCGACCUCGGCUACAGCAGCGGACAUGCUCGACAUCGGAGGUUCACAAGUCGCCCUUCUCGCUCUUCGACUCGGCCAGCGUCACUCUGCAAGCGUACCUGCCUAAGGGAUCGGAACACGAAGACCUGGCCUCUGGGGGCUGCGUUCGCACUGCUGACAAGAUCAGGGUCCUUGGUCUCCGCAGCACCGACCUGAAAAUACUGACGUCUGCCUCGCAGCGCGGCUUUGUUCAGGGCCGAAACUUUGGGUACAACAUCCUGGAGCUAGACGGCGUCAGUCGUAUUGCUGGGGCCCAUCCGCUGGCCCCGUCUAGGAUGCCGCUGUUGGUCUCGUUCGAUUUCGGCCAGGCCUUCCCGAGCCUCUCCCAGGAGUUCAUGAUGCUUUUCCUCACUCAUCUUCGCUUGCCACUCCCAGCGAUGCACUUUCUCACCUGGUUGUACUCUGCGAUUGAAGGGGUCGUGGCCUAUGGUGGCCUGCUCCACUCGGUGUAUUGGCUGAGGUCGGGGAUCAUACAAGGCUGUGGCCUGUCUGGGACCUUGUACGCGUUGUGCACGGCCCCGUUCCUGAUCGACCUGGAAUGCUCUCUGGAGGACUCUGGACUUGGCCUGGCUAGGGCCUGCGCAGACGAUAUUGGGGCUGUCUUGUUCGAAGCUCGCGGGCUCCAGGUGCUACACCGUGUGAUGACUACUACGAAGCUCUUUACUGGGCUCUGCCUCAAGGUCAGUAAAUGCAAGGUCACCCCACUACACGAGACAUUUAGCCCUGAACUUCAGGAUAGGACACGUGCUCUCCUCGGUCGGCUUGUUCCCGAAUGGCGCGCUUUCGAGGUCGUGGCCCACCUGUUGUACCUUGGCGUUCUCUUGGGACCCGGCGUCACGAUCCAGAUGCAGUGGGGCGCUGCUCGGAUGAAACUAAAGUUACGGGCCAGGCUCCUUGGUUCUGGCUCCGCUCCCUUGGGGAUCAACGGCGUGCUCUACCGAUCAAGAGCUCUCCCCGUCUUGUCCUACCUGGCUCAGUUCUUCCCCCUGCCUCCCAGGAUGGUCGCUUUCGAGCUCUCUGUGCUGACUCAGGACCUGCUGGUCAGCCGAUACCGCCCCACGUACUACGGCCAGGACAAGGCACGCGUCGGAGUCCUCCAGUACGGCAACGGCGCGCUGAGCGACGACGGGACCAUCACGCAGGCGGUCGAGGUGGCCGAGCUCACGGACGACCUGGACGCCGUGAGGUCGGCGAUCGCGGGCCUGUUGCCGCAGAGCGGGUUCACCAAUCUGGGCCAGGCUUUGGUGCUGGCGCAGCAGAUGCUCGAGGACAGCUCUCGCGAGGAGGCCGAGGCCGUCGUGCUCGUGGUGACCGACGGCCGCCCCGCGGCGCUCCGUGGCCAGGCCGCCAGCCAGGCGCAGGAGCUGGAGGAUAAGGGCACGCGGGUGUUCUUCGUGGAGAUCGCGGACGAGAAGGGCAGCGCCUUCGCCGAGAUGGAGGGCUGGGCGAGCGAGCCCGGCUGGGCAGGUGUCGAGUUCCUCCCUGGCUGGUCGGAGAUCGGAAUCGACGAGGACGCAUAUGCUGGCAGAGUCGUCGCGAGGUUCUGCCCGGAGUUCCUGUCGGACUCGCUGGCCGCCGAGGAGGCCAACAGCACAGGCUUCCUGCUCGUCGCUUCGGGCGCCGCUUGCGGCGACCCGCCCGCGCUGAGCGACCUGCUCGCGAGCGGCGUGGAGGCACGCGCGACAGGGCCCGCCGCGACGGAGCCCGCCGCGUGGCGGGACGCCGUGGAGUCCUUCCGCGGCGCGGUGGAGCAGGAGCUGCGCCGGCUGGAGGCGCGCCUGGGCGGGGACAGCGCCGCCGCCGGCGCGAAGCCCCACAGGGGGUCCGCGGACGAGGCCGAGCCGCCGUGCGAGGCGGGCGAGCACCCCGCGGCGGGCGCGGACGGCGCGCAGCCGCGGAGGGCCCCGCCCUUGCGGCGGCGGAGGCGGCUUCGGCAGGGCGACGCGGCGUCUGCGCACGCCGCCGCCGAGCCGCAGCGGGAGCCGCGGGCCGGGCGGGAGGCCCCCGAUGAUGAGGGGCCUGAUGCUGACAGCGCCCACCCGGGCGGAAGCGCCCAGCCUGGCGGCCUCAAGGGCCAGCCUGGCGGCAACGAGGCGCCGCUCGUGGAGCCGUCCCCCGUCGCCGACGGGGGCGCGUGGGACAGGCAGUGCGGGCAGACCAUGCCCCGGGAGUCGGAGCGCGCCCCGGGCGUGGGCGACCUGUCGCGCAAGAGGACUCCCAGGAUGACGACGUGGACCCUGGGAGAGUCGCCAAAAAGUGACGGGGGCAUCAUGGGGAGCUUCAAGUGGGCCAUGAGUCACGAGUCCACGGUCCGCGGCCAGCACGACGUCGAGCGCCGCGUGUCGGUCCGGCUGCUCAACAGCGCCGUGGUCCGCCUGGGAGUGCCCGUGCUGAUCUUGGGCUCGGCGCUGCACAUGGGCUGGGAGGCGGACCGGGCGAUGCAGGAUCCAGAGAACGCGCGGGUGGUGGAGAGCUCCGAGGCCCUGAGCCUCUUCUUCACGCUGUGCUUCUGCGCGGAGCUCGCCCUCCGCGUCUCUGCAGAGAGGCGGCACUUUGCGGCGCGCCGCAACCCUGACGUGAGGUGGAACUUGUUCGAUACGUUCGUGGAUCUGCGCAUCAUGGUGGCAGGCAUACUCGGCUCUCUUCAAUCGUUGGUAUGGGCGCUGGUAUUGCUGUUUCUGGUGAUGUUCGUCGUCGCCACAUCCGUAAUGCAGAUCGUCGCCGAGGAGUUGGCGAUCCACAAUUCGCAGAAGGAGGAGAGCGGCAUCUCUGACAAAGGCGCCGAUGAUCUCGUAAAGUAUUACGGUACGAUGUUCAGUUCCCUCUUCACCCUGUACAAGUCCAUCACCGGCGGUAUAAGCUGGACUGAGGUGGCUGAUCCAUUGGUCGAGAUCAGCCCGUUUAUGGGUGCGGCCUUCGCCGUUUGCCUCCGCCAUGGGGUGCAGGGCGAGGCGCUGCCGGGCUUGGCUUUCUGCGCCGCACAUGGUGGCGCCUCCGGCGACGACGACGCGACGGGCCUCACCCAGGCUGCUGCGAACCUUGCCGUGCAACCCCCUCCUGGACUACCAGGCCACGGCCCUCUUCCGGACGCAUGGCUCGCGGAAUUCAUGGAUGAUGAAAUGGCGCAGCAUUUUGGGCUGGUGCAGGCCGCCAACAUGACGCUGCCGCAGGACCUGCAGAAUCUCCCCAUCAAGAUUCCCUCCACCUGGGAGGCCCUCCGCGCCAUUCUGCUGAAACUAGCCUACAACCCCGUCUCCGCCAACCCAUGGAAUGUCUUGGGUUUCGGCCCACUCGACGGCCCCGCGCCUACCGAGCAGGGCAUCGCAAGUCGCACGCGGACGGCUACCAUCCUGUGCUCCCUCGGUCAGGCUGCCGAUUGGGACCCGGCUGGGAGAGCGAGCGCGGAGGCGGCCGCUGCUCACUUCGCGACCGCUGGCGCGCGGUGCGCGGAGCAGUUGGACGAGGUUUUGCGCGAGCGUCGCCGUCUCCGUCCCUCCGAGCUCCCACGAUGGAAAGAGUUGGGAGCGUCUGCGCUACAGGCAGCCCGCGCCAUCCCAACAUGCGCAGACGCCACCUUAGCCACGCAGUGGUCCCAGCUCCUCAGCAACACUACCACGGACCAUUCGGUCAUACUGGAGCAGCACCGCGAAUUGGCCACACUCUUGGAGAAGGGCGACACGCGGGCCCUGGAGAAGAUGGGGGGGCAACAGAUCUUGGCUUGGGCACCGGUGGACACCAAUGCGCUCCAGAGGAUCCUUGCCGGUCUACUCCGACAGCCCGAUCCAGCACUUCGCCCUCAGCGACUUUCGCUUCUGGUUCCGAUCCCCCAUUUUCCUGGUGUCGACUCUCCGGCCAAGCUUUUCGACCUCUGGUGGCACCCGCUCCUCGGCGAGAAGCCGCUGUACAUCUCGUUGGUCCGUGCCGUGGAUAUCAUCCUGCAGCCUGUGGAGUACAUCCUCCCAGGAAGGUCCGCUCCCCGGCAUGUACGGCAGGGCCUCGCGAGCUUCACCAUCACCACGGCAGGACACCGAUCGUCACCGACCGUCUUCUCCCCCUUGGCCCCGCUGCUCCAGCUCCCCGCGGUGAACUCUUUUUGGGUCGACGUCCCGACUCAGCUCUUCCCGAACUUCAUGAUCAAGAUGCUCAGCCCCGAGGUCACCAACCAUGGUGUUUCUUUCCUCUGCCGGCAUACCUCCAGAAGUUGGGGCAGCACUCCGGAGGUCCCGCGCGUGUGCGUGGAGAUCAUUCUACCGAGCUCUCUUUCCGAGGCGGGUUCCAUGCUCGCCAUGCGCUUCCUGCGGAGGACCGUGCUGACUGAGCAGAUGUACCUUGGGCACAAGGAGCUGUACACGUCUCCAGACGCCCUCGUGGUGGAGUGCAACAGCCCGCUGGGACUGGUCCGUGCGUGGCCGUUGUGCUCACAAGCGAUCUUCCUCUCAUCCGACAGGGUGCUCGUCUUCACGUCGGCCUCCGUGGAGUCGUGGACCGCGUUGCUCGACAGGGGCCUCCAGGAGGAUGAGAACCACGCGAUCACGAACAUUAAGCACAAGGCCAGCAGCUAUGGUCAGCCUUCGCUCGCCCACAGCCCGUACCUCGGCGAUGUCUCCGUCAUCACAUGGAACACCCAGGCCCUCUUCGCCGCGGACCCCGGCCGUCAUCGCCGGAAGGCGACCUACGUGAGGAAGUUGAUGGCCACCCACGAUAUCGGCCUCUGGACCGAGACGCACGGGUCCAAUGGAGGCAAUGAGGAGAUGCUGGACAGCGAACCUUCCGCCUCGCCUCCACGGCGGCUCGUGCUACUCAAGCGGGCCAUGCGCGAGGCCGCCAAGAACUUCGGCUUCGAGGCUUCGGGUCCGCCGGGCCCGCUUGCGCACGAGGAUCGCCCCGGGGUCACCAUGAAAUUCCUCCGCGCCUCAGAAAAGGGCUCGGCAGGCGGCGUCAGCCAAUGCAUCCAGCGGUAUCCCAUCUUGAAGGAUCUCGUGGGCAACCCUUACGACUUCCACACGAGCCCUGGCCGUCGCCUCCGGCUGGUCCGAGUUCACGCUGCCGACCUUGCUCGCGAUCACGCCAUCGACGAGCUGGGCAGGCUCCACGCCGACUUGAAGGACCUCUCUGAUGCGCAGGCGGCGCGGCGGCGACAUCAGAACCAUCGUCUUCUUACACGCUUGUCUCCUGGCCGCGGCUGCUCCCACUGCGCGCUCAGUGACAGCGCUGGCCACGUGAGCACAUCACCAGAGCACUUCGCAGGAGUUCUGCGCGACCAUUGGUCUGGGGUCUUCCGCAGACGGGAAACGGACACAACCUUGCGCCGCACCUGGCUUGCAGACGAGGCCUCGCACGCCUCGCUGGCAGACCGCCAGUGCGUGCCCGGCGUCGCCGUGCCCUUCGAGACCUUCGAGCGGGCGGUCCAGCACACGAGCAACAGCUCUCCUGGACCAGAUGGGAUCCCGUUCCGCGCAUGGCGUGCUUUAGGCGGCUUCGCGACGAGAGCUCUGUACGAGGCCUUCCUGGCCAUCGCCAGCCCCAGUGGCGCGGCGCUGAUGGACUCGGACUGGGACUCGUUCAAUGAGAGCUCCAUGGCUUUGGACAAGUUCAUUUCCCGGGCCAAGGUGUGGCGGGGCAUCGGCUGCGGAAUGAUGCUGACCCUCUUGGCUUACCGCACCUACAUCUUCCCCGUGCUCUCCUUCCUCCUGCAGCUGGACCAGUUGCCGUCCAAUUGGGACGUUGUGGAGCAGCAGGCAUGCGUCCUCCUCUUCCCCGGCCCCCGCUGCUGGACUACCCCAGCGGCGCUCCGGAGCUUGCGGUCCUUGGGGUUUCACGCGGAAUUGGUCGACGCAGCAUCCGUGGCGAUCGCGGCCAAGUGCCGGGUAUAUCGAUGGGAGAACACAGCUCAUGGAGGACUUCAGGUACGUCGUCGUUCUCGUUUUUUGGACGCACUCCGACUGGAUUCUGAUCAUUUGGAUCGUUUGGUUGCCUGGAGCGGCUGGUACGGCCAGAAUUUCUUCACGAACCUCACAAACGCGCGCGGCCAUCUGGAACACAAGGCAGCAGCAGCCAGAGUGUCGGUCGAGGCAUUGGUUCAGGGCGACGCGCCGGAACCAGCGCCGAGGUCUGAAUGGCAGAAGCGGUGUCGGAUUAUAUUGGCGGACCCGCGCCCGCAGGGCGCCGUCCGCCACCUCGACCGCUGCCUUUCUCGUCUCCAACUCCCGCACUACAUCCACUGCUCCAGGGUCGCGGAGUUCGGGCGCAGGCAGCUGGCGCUGACUGCCCCUCCACCCGGCGAGCGCUUGUCUCACUUUCUGCUCCUCUCCCCCCGUUUUUCCGAAGACACGGCGAGCGCUAUCGCUCGCCGUGCCCUGGCGGUGUAUUGCGUUUACGCGGCAUCCACAGCGGCGCGCCACGGGGCCACCUCCAACGCGUGGGAGGCCAUGUGGCAGUACGCUAGGGAAGCUUGUGCUGCGCAUCCUCGCCUCGCAUCGCUCGUGGCCGCAGUGUGGCAAAGCUGA